AUGAGGGAACAGAGUCACUCAACUAGAGAAAGUAGGAUAGAUCUAACUCCAAAGCCAGCAAACCAUGGCCAUUUUGUCCAUAAUCUCGCAGAGAAGGCCCCGGUGCUGGCAAACACUGCUGUGACUUACUCGAAGCCUCAACUGGCCAUAUUUUUGCCAUAUGCCAAGGUUGAGCUGCUUUCUCCAACCCCUGCUAAGAUCCCUACAGCUACUCAGAACUUGAAAAAAAUAGUCAGUAGUGCUCAAACUGGAAGCUUCAAACAGCUCACAGGUAAGGAAGCUCUGCUGAAUGGUUUGGCGGCCACUGAGGUGUGGAUGUGGUUUUAUGUGGGCGAGAUCAUAGGCAAGGGUGGCAUCUUGGUUAUAAUGUUUGAAGACCAAUCGUUAACAUCUGUUUCUUUUGGGUUUAUUAUUUGA